CGAUACGCUUGAGUGCAAGUGGAGGCUGGCUAGCUGACCGCACCCACAAUUAACGGUACACAAUGCACCUAAGCGCCGAUAUUUCCAGUGCCCUCCAGCAAAUCGAAGCUGUGAAAAAGGGCAUUGACGACUCAGAAGAUGCAAAACUGCAAAUGCAAACGGCGGAUAGUUUAAAUACGAUAAUGGGCAUAUUAACAGAUCCAGUUUUUCGCACCAUUGCCCAUGUGCAAGAGUCACUCUUCGAGCUGGGGAUACAGCUUGGCCAGCAUCCGUCCAUGUUGCCCAAUGACUUCGACAUUGAUGUCUCGGGAAAUUUAGUCCUCAGCUUGAAUGGAGGUGAUGUUAUGUACGAUUCGUCGGCCCCAGCCAGUCCGGACAAGUCCAGCUCCACGGGCGGCGACGUAGAGCAACGUCCACAAAGUCAAAAUUCCAAAUCAGCCGCUGCGGAUUUAUAUGCCACGGACUAUGCCCAGAUCCAGGCAAUUGAGCUUGUCAACGAUGGCACAGGUCUGGGUUUUGGCAUCAUUGGUGCGCGCAAUUCUGGAGUCAUUGUAAAGACCAUUCUGCCAGGAGGCGUGGCCGAUCGCGAUGGUCGCCUGCGAUCUGGUGAUCACAUUCUCCAGAUUGGCGAUGUGAAUCUGCAUGAGAUGGUGUCUGAGCAGGUAGCUGCAGUGCUGCGACAAUCGGGAACUCACGUGCGUCUCGUUGUGGUGCGUCCCAUUGAGCAGAGCUUGCCUACGCCACAAUAUGCCUUGGAGCCGGGCAGCGCUGUGGUGCCCACUCGUGUGCUCGUCGAUCCCGCUGAGCUGGAGCGUUAUCUCAUUUCAACUGGCUAUCCGGAGAUCUUUGGAGAGAGUUCGACGGCCUCAACGCCACAAACAACGACGGAGGAUGAACGCUUUGUGUAUCGCGGGGAGACUUCGAUGCUUAUUGAUCCCAGCAUCGAUCUGGAUGAGCUCCUGGCUUUGCCCGAAACUGAGAAACUGCAGGUGGAACUGAAGAAGGAUGCGAAUGGAUUAGGUAUUACCAUUGCCGGCUAUGUUUGCGAAAAGGAAGAACUCUCCGGGAUCUUUGUAAAGAGUGUCUCUCCGGGCUCGGCGGCCGAUCUAAGUGGACGCAUACGCGUUAACGAUCGCAUCAUAGAGGUGGACGGUCAAUCACUUCAGGGCUAUUCUAAUCACCAGGCUGUUGAGCUGCUUAAAAAGUCUGGUCAAGUGGUUAAUCUGCGACUAGAGCGUUAUCUACGCGGACCCAAAUACGAGCAACUACAACAAGCUAUUGCUGCCAAUGCCAACGAAAAGUUGCCUACCAGCUCACCGGGCACGCCCUCUCGGGCGCCCUUACCCACACCCACAGCUACGCCUUCAUCUACGACAGUUAGCAGAGAGAUAGAGGAUGAGACGUUGCCUGCACCGGAGGCGUUUAUGAUGACCACGCCGCCAUCGAGCUCUCUGGCUACGACCACCACGCUGAGCAGCUUUGGCGCAGGCAAGCAGUUGGUGGCUGUUCGAGAUUCGUUGGAAGGAGCGGCUAAGAUUGUAGCCACAGAUGUGGUGGCUGAUAAGCAGGAAACAGCUGUGCAUGCCAAGAACUCGAGCCUUAUAACACGCCACAACUAUUACAUGGAGUCGGAACUGACCGAGGAAAUGGAGUCGGAGAUUGUGCGAAAAUGGCAAAAGAUAGUGGGCGCCGAUAUGGAGGUGAUUGUGGCGCAAAUUAAAAAGUUUGCUGUUGGCGGGUUGGGCAUCUCAUUGGAGGGCACCGUCGAUGUGGAAGGUGGACGCGAAGUGCGCCCACACCAUUAUAUACGCUCUAUACUGCCCGAUGGACCGGUUGGAGUGAAUGGUGUACUUCGCUCUGGCGAUGAGUUGUUGGAGGUUAAUGGCGAGCGACUCUUGGGCAUGAAUCAUCUGGAAGUUGUGGCCAUAUUGAAGGAACUGCCAUUGGAUGUCCGUAUGGUGUGUGGACGUAGCAAGGUGACGUCUCUGCUUCCCUUCUCGGAUGAUACGCUGAAGAAGCUAAGCAACAAUUUCGAAAAUCUACUGCCGGCAACAGAUCGUCUGGUCAAAGCCAAAUCCGAUGGCAGCCUAGCAACAGCUGGAUCGGUGUCUGAUGCGGACUCAGUAGCCGUAGCUGCUGCGUCAUUUAACAAGUUGAAAUCUCGUUCACUGGAACCACUCACUGGCUUGGCCAUGUGGUCGUCGCAGCCGCAGAUUAUUGAACUGCUGAAAGGCGAUCGCGGCUUGGGCUUCUCCAUAUUGGAUUACCAGGAUCCAUUAGAUUCGAAUGAUACACUGAUUGUCAUACGUUCGCUGGUACCUGGCGGCGUGGCUCAGCUGGAUGGCAGACUAAUACCUGGAGACCGUUUGCUCUUUGUCAACUCGAUUAAUUUGGAGAACGCUUCACUGGAUCAGGCUGUGCAAGCCUUGAAGGGUGCGCCGAAGGGCGUAGUACGUAUUGGUGUGGCCAAGCCGCUGCCCAUGACGGAUAAUUCAUUGAAGGCAUGCAGCAAUGCCAGCACCACCAGCGAAGAGACGUUGGAUGCUCAGCAAUCCCCACCAGCGUUGCCCACAGUAGCGCCUCCGACAGCCGCCAAGGGCGCCGAGCCGGAUUUAAUACCCGACUGGAGGAAAUAGAUGCUGCCGUUUAAAAGCUGU